AGAGUCAUUACCUCAAGCAUACCAGAACCAUUUGCAUAGACUGCUCUGUCUUCUGUUAGCUCCAAAAAUGGCUCUCAGUUUCUUGUCAUUCGUUUUCCCACUUCUACUUGUAACCUUCUCAUCAUUUAUCAGUGACACAAGUGUUGCAGAGGCACGUAACCUGCCACAAUUGUCAAAAAUACACAAACUUUCCAAACUUGAGUUGCCUUCUGUGAUCCCUACUCUGCCAGUGCCACUUCCAUCCCUUCCACAGCCAGGUUUGCCUGCUCUUCCAAUGCCUGAUGUGCCUGGAAUACCAAAGGUGCCUGAAGUGCCUGGAGUUCCUAAGAUUCCUGAAGUGCCUGGAAUACCAGAGGUUCCUAAAGUGCCUGGAAUACCAGAUGUGCCUAAAGUGCCUGGAGUACCUGGGAUUCCUAAACCAUAGGGAAGAACUUCAAGUUCCAAAAGUCCAUUCAUUUUAGUUGUAUUGUGAAAUGCAUUACAGUUGUUUUCAUCUGAGAGUGGCUCUAUUGGUGUUUCAUUUGUACUUUGUUAUUAUUAUGUAUCAUUAAGUUACAUGUUAUGUUUCAGUUUUCAGGUUGUUUGAGUCAGUUUUACUACAACAUACUGACUGUGAUUUGUAAUCAUCCAUUAUGGCAUAAUUCAGUUGUGGAUUAUAGAUUAUUAACUUCA